AUGCCCAAAGUCGCCUCCCAGCGGACUUUUACGGCUUGUUGGACCUGCCGCCGCCGAGGUGUCCGUUGCGACAAUCUCGUCCCCCAGUGUACGCAGUGCCUUCGCUCACGUCUGACCUGUGAGGGCUACGACAUCCGACUCGUGUGGGUCGACGCCGAGUCUGGGGAAUACGAGCCACAGCAGCGACGUGCCUAUCCCUGUGAAUUGACCUGGGAUGGAUAUCCGACCUGGACACUGAAAGAAGUCGGGCAUCUGAUUACACACGCAGAGAAGAAGAGGUGUCGAUGUGUCUUACACCAUCAUCGCAGCCCAUUCGUUACGUUUUCGAGCUACGAAGGCCUUGGUACUUUGGCCGCCCCGGUGGUCCCGUUCAGGGAGACAGCGCCUCGACCUCGAGAAGAGGGUGUAGGAUGCUUGGAAAGCCCGCUUACUGGACCAUCAGUGAUUACAGCCCCUUCACCACAAGCAAGAGGCAACCGCGAGCAUGCAGAUCUUGAAUCAUCCACGGUUUCCAUGCCGGCAGCCUUGUCCACUUCUCUGAUCCCUCAUGGAUCACGCGAAGACAGCAAGCUCUUCCACCACUACAUCUCCAAUGUGUCCGUGAUGAUGACGCCCAUCAACGACGAUUAUAGCCCCUGGAAGUCAACAUACCCGUGCCUCGCAGUGCACGACGUGACUUCGAACAGUACCCGAUCCCUCUUCCACGGGAUCCUCGCACAGUCGGCAUUUCACCUGUCCAACCUCAAUGGGCCCAACCCUGCCAGCUAUCGCAGGUUGGCUACGCAGCACUUUGGCAUUGCGUUGCGCCACCUUCGCUGCAGCCUCGGUCGUCCAACGGAGGACUUUAGCAGUACGCUGGCGGCAAUGCUGACCGUCACGCUCGCCGAGCAUGUCUUUCACGGUCAGUCCAAAGGCUUGAAGCACCAUCUCCAAGGUUCAAUCCAAUACGUCGCGCAGUUUUUGAUGCAAAAGCCCUGGGUUACUUCGGACGAGGCGUGGGUAAUCACACAGAGCUUCGUUCUGCACACGCUCAUGUCUCAAAUCAUCGGUGGCGACACUCCCAGUACGGAUAGGACGCUCCAUGAGGUGCUGGAAGACGUCACGGCUGACCCUCGAUUCGCAUAUACGCUCGGUAGUACGUCGCGGCUGAUGAAGGCGUUGUAUGAUGCCCGUCUCCUCAAGGGACAGCUGGCGGCGAGAGGCGCCUUCAGGGGCAGCCAGAAGCCAGGUCUGUCGGAGGAUGAACUGGCCCAGGCGAGUAGAAUCCUCAUCGCGCUCAACUCUCCACUGGACACAGAGGUCGAGCUCUACAUGAGCAGACAGCGGGCGGUGGAGAAGCGCGCAGAGCAGCGCAAGUUCAUCGUGUCGAACCUGAACCUGUUUAAUUCGGCCGUGACCAUCUACCUGCUCUGCGUGGUCCUGCGCCAUCCACCCUCGGUGGUAGCGGACCAGGUAUCCCAGACCCUGUCUGCAGCGGCGUCGCUGCUCGAAAUGGACCGCGCCGCCGUCUCCAUCUGGCCCAUCUUCAUCGCCGCCGCCGAAGCCUACGCGAUGGAGGCGCAGACACUGGCCGACAGCGUCCUGAGCCUCUCGACGGGCUUCGGGGUCGCCAACCGUACGUUGAUCCACCAGGUCGUGAAGCGGAUCUGGAGUGAACGCGAAGAAGUCGCCGCACGACGAGGAUGUGAUGCCGGUAUCGUCCUCGUGGAUUGGCGCGACGUGUUGAGGAACUUGGACGUGGAGAUUCUACUGCUUUGA